ACAAACAGCAGCUCUGACGUCAUAGGUUGCGUCAUCCUGCUGAAUUUUAUGGCAGUUUUGCAGAGGUAAACAAUCACACGCUGGUAUGUUGUUAAAUAAGGAACUUACGGUCAGAUAUAACAGUCGUUAAUUUACUAUGCAAUCUAUGGAAAAUAAACAUCGCGAGUAUGGGGUGAAAGAUAAGGUGAGUCCAGAAAAGGAGGAAAGGAAAGAAGUGAGAAAAGGGCGGAAGCCAGGAAGAAAAUCUUCAAAAAUCGAUAUGAAAGCCAAAUUGGAAAGAAGUCGUCAAAGUGCUCGAGAAUGCAGAGCUCGAAAGAAGAUUCGUUAUCAGUACCUUGACGAGUUGGUGGCUGACAGAGAAAGGGCUGUAUUACAGCUCAGAAAAGAGUUAGAAAUGUAUACCCAAUGGGCGAGAGCUUUAGAUGAAGGCAGCAUUCCUGAAGGAGCUCUCAAGCUUUUAGAAGAAGAAAAACGAAAAGAUAGAAAUCGUUUGAGAGACAAAGACACUAACCGCCAAUCCUAAUUUCUAAAGUGUAUCAUUUCUUUCAAUCUCAAAACUAAAUUGAGCUAGUUGGAGUAUAUUAAUCUAAAUUCAUAUCUUUUGGUCAAUAGAUUUAAAAAAUAUGUUUUUCAAGAUUCUGUUAAAAUUUCAGGGGCCAUUUUAUGCUUAUCAGAUAGUUUACACAAUUUUUUAUCAUUAAAGCAAACCCUUCUCAAAAUGUUUCAUUGUAAAAAUGGAUCUUUUCCUAAAUAUUUAAUUGUAAUGACACAAUAUUUUUAAUGAAAAAAAAAUCACAACAUGAUUUUUAGAAAUCGAGUUAUUGACAUUUUCAUAAUAGAAUUCCUUGAAUGCCUUUGUAUUUAACCCAAAAACAGGACCCUUGCACCAAUUAUCUGGUUAUUAUAAAUUCACUAAAUUAUUAGAUUUUUUACAAAUUUAGCGAAAUGGGUCGGUUCUCAAAUAGUCUUGCCAGAACACUGGUUUUUGUGAUUUUUACAAAAACAGGACUUACACAAAAAUACUGGAAUGACCCCUGAACUUUAUAUUAUUACAUAUGAUUCUUUAUUUUGUAAGAGUUGCAUUUAUUAUUUGUUAGGAUUAUUUGGCUUUGAAUCUAAGCAUGUAAAACUUAAUUUGUAUCUCAAUAUUUUUUUUUUCAUAUUGCAAUUUAAAUUUGUUAUUUUAUAAAAUUUUUAAAUUUUUUUUAUUGGAACAUAUUCUGAAUUUUUGUUUGUAAAUAUUCACAUUAUAUUUAUUUAGAAAACUUGCACUUUAUUUACAUUACAUAUUUUUAUAUCUUAGAAAUUACUGACGAUAAACUUAAUUUGAAAUAUAUUAUUUUAUAUAAAUGUGAUUAUUUUUAUUGAGCAUUGCAAAUGUUAAAAUUUUUUAUCAGAAAGUUGAUUGUUUUUUGUUAAAAAUUUAUCAAAGGAAUAUUUAUAUAACAUUGGUUGUUUUUAAAUUUUUUUAGAGGUGUAUUGUUAUUGUUGAAAGUAUAGGUAAUUAAUAAGCCUAUUUAGUGCUUUUUGAAAUUCUUCAUUUGUACAAUAUAUCCAUUUAUAUAACUUGUCAGGAUCACCAGUUAUAAUUUUUUUUGUUUUGUUUGAAAAUUAACAACUGUAUUGAUUCUGGUUGUGCAAUAUCAAUUCAUAGUUAAUUUUAUUGUCUGUUUUUAAUUAAAUUCAUGUUUCUUUAAGAUAAAUAAAAUAAAAUUACAAACA